AUGUCAAGCCAGCCAGGAUCCCACACAACCGACGCCGACAUCCCGAACAAGGCUCAGCAGGAAGCGCCUCAGGGCAAGAAGGAGAACAUGGCAAGAGCUCCUGGCCACAUUUCCGGCGUUGAAGGGAAAAGCACCGACAACACUGCUGCAGACACCGACGACCCUGAGGUCGCCCAGAGCCAUGCUAAAAACGGAGGACAGGCUUCCAUCGUGCCGCAGAAAAUCCAGGAGGCGCUGCCGGAGAGUGCCGAACGUGCUGUGCCGAACGCUAUCCACGAUACUGGGAACAAAUAG